UUCAGUCAUAAAGAAGACCUUGAAGAUAAUGUGUCUGGUCCAGCAGUUCUCCUGGAAGAUGAUGGAAGCUCCACCAGGCAGGAGAAACCAGGUGUUGGCUCGGAGUGGGGUUUUAAGAGAUCCCAGAAGCAGCGUUGGGAGAAGCCUUUUCCGUGCGUGGCUAGAAACGUCUGGUCCUGAAGACACAGCUCAAUCCUCACCUAGACUUAUGACCCGAGGCCUUGCUCCCCUCCUGCCCGUUGAGUUCCACAAGAUGGGCUCCUUCCGUCGUCCCAGACCACGAUUUAUGAGCUCCCCCGUGCUCAGUGAGCUGCCCCGCUUCCAGGCUGCCCAGCAGGCUCUGCAGCUGAGUUCCAACUCUGCCUGGAACAGCGUACAGACAGCUGUGAUCAACGUUUUCAAAGGGGGCGGUUUGCAGAGCAAUGAACUGUAUGCACUGAAUGAGAACAUCAGGCGGCUGCUGAAGAGUGAACUUGGAUCAUUCAUUUCAGACUACUUCCAGAACCAGCUUCUUGCAAAAGGACUGUCCUUUGUGGAGGAGAAGAUCAAGCAGUGUGAAGGUGAUAGUCUCAUUGAGGUUCUGGCUGAAGUCUGGGAUCACUUCUUCACCGAGACUCUCCCCACCCUGCAGGCAAUAUUUUAUCCGGUUCAGGGACAGGAGCUGACCAUCCGCCAGAUCUCCCUGCUGGGCUUCCGGGACCUGGUCUUGCUGAAGGUGAAGCUGGGUGACUCGCUGCUGUUGGCACAGUCCAAGUUACCCUCAUCUGUUAUACAAAUGCUGCUCAUUCUGCAGAGUGUUCACGAGCCCACGGGCCCAAGUGAGGGCUAUUUGCAGCUGGAGGAGCUGGUGAAGCAAGUGGUGUCUCCCUUCCUCGGCAUCAGUGGGGACCGCAGCUGCGCAGGCCCCGCGUACUCAUUGGCCAGGAGGCAUUCCAGGGUCCGGCCCAAGGUGACUGUCCUGAACUACGCCUCUCUGAUGACCUCGGUUGGCCGGCCAUUGAAUGAGAUGGCCCUGACUCCUCUGACAGAGCAGGAAGGAGAGGCGUACCUGGAGAAGUGUGGCAGUGUGCGGCGGCACACCGUGGCCAAUGCCCACUCAGACAUCCAGCUGCUGGCUAUGGCCACCAUGAUGCACUCAGGGUUAGGGGAGGAGGCUGGCAGCGAGGACAAGCACCUGCUCCUGCCACCCAGCUUCCCGCCACCACACCGCCAGUGCUCCAGUGAACCCAGCAUCCCCGACAGCCCCGAUGAACUGGAACUAGAGGAUGUAGCAAGUGGCAGCCAGGAGGACUCAGAGAUGAACUGUGCUUCCCUCAGCUGAGCUGGCACCUCCGGGGUUUCCCCAUCCCUGCUUUGUGGCCAGGAUGAGGACUGUGUGGCUGUCUCUCCUCCGUGGAUCACCGAGGCGCUCUGGCUUUGAGUGAUAGUGCCUUAUUUCUUAGGGCCCAAGCCGAGUCUCCACGCCCUCAGAAAACACCUGUAAACCUCUCCACUUCGGUGUCUGUGACUAGCUCCUCAUGCCACUGUUCUCCUGACUUCCAGCUCACCUACUUCAUCUGGAGCUUCAUCUCUGGGCCUUUCCUAUCAUAUUGGACUGGCCCGAUGCUCCCAGUAUAUAAUGCUCUGGUGUGACUAUAGCAGAAGGUUGGACCACACGUGAGCAUCUAGAAUAUGCCAGUCUUGGCAGUUCCCCAAAUGAUCCCAUGAAGCAGAAGCCAAUGGAUAGAAAGAAUAGCAGAAGUUCUGUAUAGCAUGGAAGGUCAACUGUAGCCCAUGUCACACGUGGCCCUGGGAAUGUAUCCUUAUCAUUUUGGUUGUAGUGACCUUGACAGCAUUAUCCUCCUUGUGGGUGAGGAUACAGGUGCACCCUUACUUAUGUCCAGAUGUCGUGUGCUAUCUACAUGAAGGGCUUUUUAGCCUAGGAGAAUCUACCAGACUGGCGCAGCCCUGUCUGGCAUUUAGCCUCAGGCUUCCCUCUCAGGCUUCCCCCCCAGACUGCAGGAAUGAACUCUCGCAGUCACUGGUGCCGUAACUCCUCUAGUUUCAGGAACUGACCGCUUUCCUGUUGUGCAUUUGAGAGGCUGGCAGACAAAGACUGACCUAGGCUACCUGGAUUUCACUUGAAUUUGCAAAACGUGUAUUCUUCAAAAAAAAAAAAAAAGUUCGCAAAUAUUUGCACGUAGGAUCUUGCACUGUUCAUUUCCAGAGGAGUGUCUUUGCAGAUGGACACAAGUGGACCCCUUCAAAAGGUGAUGAGAUAGCUCAGAACACAGGGACCCACAGUGGGCAGGAUUCACAUACCUCAGAGCUGGCUCUGCAGGGGCCUGUGCUCUAAGUGUCUAGGCUUCUCGGGAAGACUGUGCUGGAAUCAGGAGCCUGCCUCUUAGGCAGAGAAGCAUAGUAACUAGAAUGCAUCCGUGGACAGAGAGAUAGGCAUGUGGACACGUUUUAUUUGGAGGAGUGUUUAUUCCCUGGGCUUAUAGAAGUACCCAGAAGUGUCUGGGAUUCCUGUUGUAUCUGUCUUGUGAUGCUGUUUGAGGCAGCAGGCUUUGUUACUGUGCUGGGUCCUGACUAAUAUUUGCUCCAAAUUGGGGAAAGGGAACUUUUUUUGUCUAUGUUGAAUCCCUGGCUUCCUCUUUAUAAUUGUCUUUUGGUCUUGCUAGUAGAAGCUUAGAAAAACAUAGAAACUUUCUCCUGAUCCUUAGUGUGUGCUAACCCCUCAGGAUCUGGAAAUUUUGUGGCAUAAGCCACCAAUAGAAGAAGAGUCCAUUCACACUCAUCUAAGUCUUGAUAGUAUCUCCCUUCUGGGGAAAGAUCUGAAAUAUGACCAUAGCUGUGCCUUUGAUGCAUUCUGCUUUAGAAAUUUUUUUAAAAAUAUCUUAAUUUUGUCCUUCCAAGAGCAAAUGACAGAAGAGAGAUGUCUACUUGUCACAGAAUUGUCUAAAUGUCACACGCCUGUGCUCAUGCUCUUGCACAUACACGUGCACGCACACACGUCCACAGUGUGUGAACCCAUAUAUGUGCGCACACACAUGCCAUAUACACAAAGAGAAAUGUUCAGAUUCCUUUGAGAACUUCAUGCGAAAACUAACCUUUCUGUAUGUAGUGUCUAAAGUCUACAGGUGGGAGGCUGAAGAGGUGGGUUGGUGCUCAAGGUCGCUUUCUGCUCUUGCAGAAGACCAAAAGACGUGGGCUCAGUUCUCAGUACCUACAUCAGGCAGCUCACAACCAUCGCUAACUGCAGUCCCAGGGGAUUGGAUGCCCACUUCUGUCCCUUGGGGGCAUCUGCAUGCAUACAGUGUGCAUAUAUACACUCAAGACAAACACACGCAUGCACACACACUUAAAAUAACUUAAAAAAAUCUCUCCAUAAGUUAAUUACUGUGUGUUAGUGGGCAGAACAUUGUAGUCUGUUUAACUUAACUGAUGGCUGGGUCCUUGUUAGUACACCAAGCACACACUUGAGAUUAUUUAUUGACCCUGGCAAAGUAAUUAGUCAUGCUUGGGUUUGCUUUUCUCAUUGAUAAGAUGAACAGUGCAUGUUUUAAAUAUGCCUUUUUCCUUAUCUUGGAUGUCUCUGUCAAGGACAGCAGUUGUCAGUAUAAUACAUGAGCUCUUGUAUUGGAAGUGGACAGGCUGUUGAACUCCAUUGCUGCUGACUUUAAACAGUUUACAAGUUUCUCUUUGGACACACCUGGUAUUAGUACAGACAUACCCCAGACUGUACACAGCAACGUUUUAUGGCAUUUGUGGGCUUUGGCCAUCAGACCUAUUGCAAGAGUCACCUGUAGAAGCUUUACCCAGGUUUCCUCCCUCUGGUGCCAGGGAGAUUUCAUCUUGCUAUCUAUGCCAACGGUUCCCCUAGGUUGAAGUUUGGUGACCGUAUAAUCCCAACUCUGGGCUCUGAGUGAACUCACAAACUGAACUCCUUUCUUAUUGUGUGUUUCUAAAAUAGAUACAAUA